AGGCCGUCAUAACGAUUGCAGUGGCGUCGCGAAUAACCUUCUUAACGUGUGCACGCGACGUGAGGCCUCGUGCCUUUUCCGUUUAGAGAUCCAAGAUGGCUCGUGGUCCGAAGAAGCAUCUGAAGCGUCUGAACGCGCCUAAAGCAUGGAUGUUAGAUAAACUUGGGGGUGUAUAUGCCCCACGACCAUCUACUGGUCCACACAAACUCAGGGAAUCACUCCCUUUGGUUAUCUUCCUCCGUAAUAGGUUGAAGUAUGCCUUGACUAAUUGCGAGGUUACUAAAAUCGUGAUGCAACGCUUGAUCAAGGUUGAUGGAAAGAUUCGUACUGAUCCUAAAUAUCCAGCUGGUUUUAUGGAUGUCAUCACGAUUGAGAAAACUGGUGAAUUUUUCCGUUUAAUUUACGACGUCAAGGGACGUUUUACCACUCAUCGUAUUACUGCUGAGGAAGCUAAAUACAAAUUAUGCAAGGUAAAGCGUGUUCAAACGGGUCCUAAAGGAAUACCAUUUUUGGUUACGCAUGAUGGCAGAACAAUUCGAUAUCCUGACCCAGUUAUAAAAGUCAACGAUACUAUUCACUUAGAUAUUGCUACUAGCAAGAUUUUGGACUCCAUCAGAUUUGAUUCUGGUAACUUAUGCAUGAUUACUGGUGGAAGGAACUUGGGUCGUGUUGGUACUGUCGUGAGUCGUGAGCGCCACCCUGGCUCCUUUGACAUUUGUCACAUAAAGGAUGCUCAAGGACAUACCUUUGCAACGAGAUUGAAUAAUGUCUUCAUCAUCGGCAAAGGCACGAAAGCAUAUGUGAGUUUACCAAGAGACAAGGGUGUAAAGCUAUCGAUCGCCGAAGAACGUGAUAAGAGAUUAGCAGCGAAGGGAGUGAAUUAAUAAUGUAAAUUUUCAAGAAAACAUCCAAUAAACCGAGAUUGACUUGGUA